GAUACGGUUGUGUGAUGACAAUGGGAUCCCUCACUGAAGAAAAGCAGAAAGAGUGUCAGCUGACCUCAGCUCACCUGUCAUCUGGAGAAAAUGGGCAUCAGUGUAUGCCAGAGACCAGAAGACCCAACAGAACGUCAAGCUUCAGCAGUAAGGAAUUUUCAGAGUCGGAUCCCUUAUUUCACAAUGAGUUUUACGGGACAGCAUUGGCCUCUGGCACCAUAUCGGAAAUUCAUGGCCAGGAGAUGCCGAGCGAGUCGGUCUGGGCCUUGGUGAUACAGAUUUCGUUUCCAUUCCUCCUAGCUGGUUUUGGGACGGUUCUGGCAGGGAUGUUGCUGGAUGUAGUGCAGCACUGGGACGUUUUCCGUAAUGUGACUGAGAUCUUCAUCCUUGUCCCACCUCUACUGGGCCUAAAGGGGAACCUGGAGAUGACAUUGGCAUCAAGACUUUCCACCGCUGUGAAUGUAGGCAGAAUUAACUCUUCAAGCGAGAAAUGGAACCUGAUCAUUGGAAAUCUCGCCCUCAAACAGGUGCAGGCUACAGUUUUGGGCUUCCUGGCUGCUCUGGUAGCUUCGGCUCUUGGUUGGAUCCUGCAGGAGGAGCUCGUCGUGAACCAUGUAGCUCUGCUUUGCUGUUGCAGCGUUGUGACAGCAUUCACAGCAUCUCUGCUGCAGGGCAUCGUAAUGGUUGGUGUGAUUGUUGGAUCCAAGAAGGUGGGCGUGAACCCUGACAACAUAGCCACGCCCAUCGCUGCCAGUUUAGGUGACAUCAUCACACUUGGACUGCUGGCCGUCAUCAGUCAAGGCUUCUUUUACUACAUGGAGCCAUACCCUUAUAUUACCUACCUGGUGUGUGUUGUUUUCCUGUGCCUGAUGCCGAUGUGGGUAAUUCUUUCAUUUCGGCACCCUGAAAGCCAAAAACUGCUGUUUUCCAGCUGGGAGCCAGUAAUAACUGCAAUGGUGAUCAGCAGUCUUGGAGGACUGAUUCUGGACCGUGCCAUCAUUGAUCCAAAGCUUGAAGGAGUUGUUCUCUACAGUCCUGUUAUAAAUGGUGUUGGUGGUAAUCUGGUUUCCAUCCAGGCUAGUCGUAUAGCCACGUAUCUUCAUUUUCACUGUCCGCCGGGCGAGCUUCCAGACGACGCUAAAGGAUGUUACUGCCCCUGCCGCAGCUUUUGCACCACAGGACCGAAUGGAAGAUCAGCGCAGGUGCUGCUCACUUUGGCCAUCCCAGGCCACCUGGUCUUCAUCUACACCAUUUACCUAAUACAAGGCAGCCCGGAUCCACCUACUGCAGUCUUCAUUUUCUUCUAUUUGGCAGCUGCUUUCACUCAGGUGUUUCUUCUGCUGGGCAUCGUUGAUGUGAUGGUUCAUUGCUUGUGGAAGUGCGGCAGGGAUCCUGAUAGCUUCUCCAUCCCGUAUCUAACAGCUCUGGGGGAUCUUUUGGGCACUGGCUUUCUGACACUGUGUUUUCUUCUUAUGUCACUGGUGGCAUAAACAUUAAAAUGACAUUGUCCGAUUUCAUUAAACAGAUUAGAUCUGAUCUGUCACCGCUGUCUAAUGUGCUGGUCUACAUAUUUGCCAUUUCUCUCCGCAGUUCAGCCAUUUGAAUAUUACUUGAAAUAUCAACCUCUCCAUACAUGCCAGUCAAAUCCCUGUGUGCAAUUCAUUGAGUGGCAUAUGCUGCCUCAUGUGACAAUAGCACU